GAGAGAGAGAGAGAGAGGGAGUCCAGCCGCGUCCACUCUCGCUAAAUCUCACUGGAACUUGGCGAAAAUGAAGAGAAAUAUUAGGGCUGUAAGCUGGUGAAAAGGUUGCCGGGGAUUCGAUUCGCUGCAGUCAUUUCUCCGAUUCGCGUUCGAAGCGAGUCUAAGGGGAACGGAUAUAAUCAUCGUUACGAAAAGGGGCACUAAAGAAGAUUUUCGAGGGUAGAUUUUUGACAGGACGAUACGGACGCAGGAUGAUUCGUCAACACUCGGAGUCAUCGUGGCCGCGUAUUCUUUGAAAAAAAGGUAUCAGGAACGGCAACGGACUCUUGACCAGAUCAGACCUCCUCGGGGGAGGUCUUAGGGGAGCAGAAUGAUAGAUCCUAGCUCGUCGGAAGAGAGCGACGAAGAGAAGAAGGAGCCCAAGGAUGUCGGUGUCGCGGGCGGAGGUGGCAGCGGCGGCGUUCGCGGCGGAAGCGGCAGCUCGUACGGUUCUCGGCGACAAAUCGGCCCGGGCGGAAGCCUCGGAGGCGCGAGCGGUCCGGCCAGCGGAAGCGCGAGCUCCCUGGCCUCGGGGACGGCGUCGCCCGGCGGGUCCAGCCACGGACCCAUCGGCACGCCUCGCGGCGGCGCGCAGGACCUCGCGUCCGCUCGGGACGCGUCGAGCCUCGCUGCUGGCAGGAACUCGUUGUCUCCCUCGAUGACUGCCGCACAGGACGCGGCCAGCUACUCUCAGAGACCCACCAGUCCCUCGCCUUCGGUCGCCAGCGAGAAGACCGAAGCGAACCUCCAGGACAAGCAAGAGCGCGAAGAAGAGGAGAGGAAGACCAGAAUACAGCUGUACGUGUUCGUGUCGAGGUGCAUCUCUUAUCCGUUCAACGCCAAACAACCAUUGGACAUGCCUAGGCGACAACUAAAAGUAACCAAGCAUCAACUCGAGACGAUUUGCUCCCGCUUUCAG